AUGCUCGCCCGACAACUCACGCGAUCUGCGCCUCGCUCAUGCAAGGCUUUGCUUCCUGCACCCACGGUUGCAGUCGCUCGAUUGGGAUGCAGCUCCCGUGCUUAUGCUGCUGUUCCAUUCACGUCGGCACUGCUGUCGCCUCUGUCGGUUCGCAACUUUAGCCAGACCUGCACUCGGUUCGACCAGAGUCAGUCCCUUGAUUGUCCCAUGUGAGGACACCAUGAACAAGGUUAGCUGACCUUGUCCGUCGAAAAACCUGCUCCUAAAACCGUGCUCGUACUGCGGUGGUGCUGCCUGCCUUCCCCUCUGCUCUAAUGCAGGCGCCUUGACCGCCAAGUUGGACGAGGAGAUCAACUACGAACAGGAACAAGCCGCCGAGACCAACAAUCAUGAGCCCGACUUCCUCAAAGAAUUCAAAAAUCAAGGUGUCUGGGAGGUGAGUUGGCAUUCUCUGUCCUGAUAUCAAAAGAUAUCGGGUACGAUCGCGAUCAAUCGACCGACUGACCACCGCCGGCACGCUUUUCCUCAGAUCAUCGACGAGCCGGGAGCUGACGAAGUCAUCCUCACGCGCACAUUCGGCCAAGAAACGUGGGUGAUGGCGCAGCAAGCACAUUCAAGCAUUCAACGACGGCUGAAUUGCUGCCCUCGAAUGCCGAUUUACCCCGCAGGAUCCGCCUCAUCUUCUCCAUCUCGGACAUCGACGCUGAUGCACCUCAGCCGCCGGAGCUCGAGCCCCAAGAACAAGACUACAUUGAUACGGGCGCAUCGCCCGAUGCUGGAUCAGGUGGGUUGGGCGACGAGGCGACGGAAUCGCCUUUGGACGAGGACAUUUCCAUCCAGGCCGCCAUCACCAUCACCAAGCCAGGAGGUGGAGCUCUCAGUAUCGAUGCCGUUGCACAAGGUUUGUCUGCUUGCCCCCCCCCGAGCGAUACAAUGGGCUCUCUGUCGCGCCAUCUGCCCGUCGGAUGCUAAGGAUUUGCAUAUAUCUUCUGCGGUAGAUGGUAUUUUCACCAUCAACAAUGUCACAUUCUACAAGGAUGCCCACAUCGCCAUCUCGAUGAGUUCAGAAGCAGAUUGGACUCGACAAGGCCUCUACAUGGGCCCCGCGGUGAGUCGAUCCCUUCCUGCACACAUGCAAGUUUCCGAAGAGCUGUCACACUGAUGCAUGGUCCCGUGCAGUUCGAGAACCUCGACGAAGGUGUUCAAAACGAGUUUGAGGCCUUCCUUGAAGAACGUGGGAUCGACUCGAACCUGGCCAUUUUCAUUGCUGAGCUCGCCGAACACAAGUCAGUCGCUCGAAUCUGCUGCCUGCACGUGAACCCUAGCCCUCGCUAAUUUUGUCCCUCAAAUCUAUCCGCGCGACCCCAGGGAGCAAAAGUAAGGACCAACCUCUUCGAUUUAAUCGCGCUCUGAACGAACGAAAGCUGACUACCCAUCCUGCGUUCUUUCUUUGCCCAACUUGUGGCACUUACACCUUCAUUUGCUCCCUUUCAGGGAAUAUGUUUCAUGGCUCCACAACGUCAAAGAUUUCCUGGAGAGGUGA